AUGGCUUUUCAUCUCACCUCUAAGGAUCAAACAACGCCAAUUUCACAAGGCGAAGACCCUUCAACAUCAACCGCACAAAGCAGUGUUACAUGCAUGUAUCAGGCACACAUUGGCGGCCAUUGGCGGACCGUGACAUCAGUUUGGACCAAAAACAUAGUGAAUCAUUCAUUAACCAUCUAUGUAGACAGCAAGGAACCCAAUCAUCGUCAAAACUGCAGAAUAGAUCUCGCGCCAUGGCACUUUUGGGGCAAAAAGAGUUGCAAAACUUUCGAGGUUGAUGGGCUUCAAAUCGACGUUUAUUGGGAUCUUCGUUCAGCAAAGUUUUCAGGAUCACCAGAACCAUGUUCGGAUUUUUAUGUUGCAUUGGUUUGUGAUGAACAAGUUGUGUUGUUAAUGGGUGACUUGAAAAAGAAGGUAUAUAAAAGAACGAAAUCGCAGCCGUGUGUGGCCGAUGCCCUCUUGUUUUUUAAAAAAGAACACGCUCUUGGCAAGAACCGCUUCACAACAAAAGUCAAAUUCGAUAAACAUAGAAAAGAUAACGACGUCGUGGUGGAAAGUUCAACGUCAGGGCCUAACGACCAUGAAAUGUGUAUCAGUAUUGAUGGGGUUGUACUGAUCCACGUAACAAACUUGCAAUGGAAGUUUCGCGGUAACCAAACUAUCUUGGUUAACAAGCAGCCGAUUGAGGUUUUCUGGGACGUGCACGCAUGGCUUUUCUUGAACCCUGGUUCAAGCUAUGGGUUGUUUAUCUUCAAGCCUGAGAACGAUGAUAAAAGCACAAGCAAGGAUCAAUCAUCAUGCAGUAGUUCAAAUACCUCACAAUGCAGCCUCUUUUUAUAUGCAUGGAAGAUUGAAUAA